AUGGCGGCUGCAAGUUCCGUAAUCUCUAUGUAUCACCAUCCGACAUAUUACGAAGAUACGGCUCUACCGCUUCCAAAUUGUAUGUAUGGCCUGCCCAGCUACUAUCCGACGAGUUCAAAACUUGAGGUAGAUCGUGAAACUGAAUGGUGUUCAAUGUAUAAAACAAUUUAUUGCAACACGUGUUCGAGCUUGUGAGCUUUUUUUCGCCUACGCAGCGAUCACUCAUCUAAUUUUUAAUUCUAGGACCGCAACGCACAGCUGCCGUCAUCGAGUCUUCAGAGUCUCGAAAGAAAACAAGAGGAUAUUCUUCGUGAACUGAAUGGCCUGAAAACUUCCGUUGAAGAAGUUGCCAAGCUACUGGGAGUUUCUCUUCCGCGUCCAAAAGGGAAAGUAAGCAGAGUGCACUUCAAUGAUUACUACAUUUUUAGGCUAAAUAAUAAAAAUCCUCACAGGAGAUUACUAGAUGUCGAUCUGCAGCCAUUAUGAGGCCAGUGAAAGAUUCGGGCUACCCCACCUCUAGUAGGGAUGCUUCUUAAUUUUUUUCUAACCAUUGGGUUCGAAAAAUAAAAGUUAAAUGUGCUGGUAAUAACACUAUUUUUUCCAAAGGCCGGGAGAGGUCAGGAAUAAGAAUUGCACAAAAAAGUAAAAAGGGUUUUUUUGAAAACCAGUAAACAAAGGUUUUUUUUGUCAGUGGAAAAGCAGUUAAUGUUUCCUUUUUACAGGUUACUUUUCUUAUUUUGAUAACACUUUAUUACCAGCCUGAUUGACUGACUGACUGAUUGACAGACCGACCUCUGACUUGCUAACUGAUUGUAAAUUGAUGGACCAACCCAGAAGACUGACUGAUUGACCACAAAAGGACUUACAUAUGAGUAAUUGAUUGAUUGAUUGAUUGAUUGACAAAGCAAUAAUCACUGUCGAUUACCACACAGGUUUCUCCAACAACAUGUGAUUUUGUGAUGUCUGCUUCACCGAGUGACCCUCCACUUAUUAUCAGCACCCUACAACAUAUUAUGAAGCAGAGAGGGCUUGCCCAUACAACAGCCAUGUUCAGCCACUCGUCAGUGAAACAACCUAUUCCUGAUGCUGUCAGAAUGCAGUUUCAGAACUUCUCCAAAUGUAGUAAAGGAGUUGGGCGUGCCCCAAUCAUUUUAACUAUUGUUUGGAAAGAAGGUAAAUAUUUAAGUUACCUUUCAUGCCACCUCUCAAUUGAUCAACAUUUUUUAACUAAGCAAAAUUGUGUCAAAGACAAAAAUCUUUAGCUAUGUGUUAUUUUGGAGCAAGGCUAAAGUGUGUUGAUUUUUUCUGAUACUAUUAACAUGUUUCAAGUGUUCCUUCUCAUUGUAAAAGUUCAAUGAGAAAAGUUUAAUCUUUCUGUCAAGAUUCCAAGUCAGUUUUUACCACAGUUGGCAGUAAUGUCGCAGUCUGAUUGGCCAAUUUGCUACUGUUGAGAAGAGUACAGACAAUGUUGCUCCCGUCACAAUCUUGAUCAUGCACUGAAAGAAUCUUUAUAUUUUACAUGAUACUGUGGUAAGAAACAAAUUGACAGUGGUCAAGCAUGGUCUGUACUCAUAUCAACAUAGAUAUUUGUCAUCACAAUGGUCAAAAUUUGUUGCCAACCUACUCGGCUGCACCUCGUGAGUCCACAUCAAUUUGUUAAAUGGAUUGUCAACAGCAGUAUUGUGACAGUUAUAGUACUAGGCUAAGUCUUUGCUAGUUUAUGAGAUUAAAUUGUAGUAUUGUGACAGUUAUAGUACUAGGCUAAGUCUUUGCUUGUUAAUGAGAUCAAAUGUUAUUUAAAGUUCAUCCAGUGAACACUGUAACGUAUUACUAAGAUUCUUUAUCUUUUGUUCCUUUCAGUGGGAGAUCUUCCUUCUCUAGUAGUGUCUCCAUCUGGCCACAAUCCGUUGACUGGUGAAAUAACAAUUGCUCGCUUCCUCUGCCGCACAUUUCUCCCUGACUUGUAUGGUAAUUUAACACCUGAAGAGUCUGCAUGUGUGGACAACUGGAUUGACAAAUCACUAGCAAGCAGCAAAGAGCGAACUGCUGCCUUAAAAAGUCCUGAAUUAAAGCUUGCAAAACAGUGGAUUCUUGGUGGGAAAAUGACCUUGGCUGAUAUUGUACUUGCCUGUAGCAUUGUUAAGCAGAAUGGUGCAGAUCAUGUACAUGAUGAUGUGAGGAAAUGGAUGAUGAGGAUUCCUGGACUUUUGACGAAGUAAUUGAACCAGUUCAUUAUCUAUUCACAAUUAUCAGUGUACACAGCUUACAAUGUAACUGUACCUUAAACUUUCUAAAGUGUGUUUGGCUCUGUAUGAAAUUACAAACUAAGUACAUUGAACCGAAACUUCCACAGUGGAAGUGUUGAUAGAAUUUCACUUUAGGAAUUUGGCUUCAGCCUGUUAUGUCUUUUUGCCAUCAAAGGCAAGUACAACCACAGGACUCUUGCCAGUGCCAGCCUAUUGUAGGUUAAGCAUAUUGUGUAAUGUUGCUGUUCAGUUGUUGAUUGUUCAAUCCAAAAGGAUCAGAGUGAGAAAUCAGGAAAAAAACAUUUUGGAUAUAGAAUAAACCAAAUAAACCAAAUAAACACUGUUAAAGUUAAAUAAACACUUAAAAAGUAAAAAAAUAUCAUCCCAAACUGUAAUCAUGUAAAAGCGAAAUUCACAUUUCGAAUUUUGUUGUCAGAUUAGAACAGAAAUGUGCUCAAUUUUGUUGUUUGUGUGUGCUCACUAUUUGACAACCAGCACAGGUUUGUUUUAUGGUAAAUAUGAGAGAGAAAAUCUGGGACUUAAAGUGGUGUCUGCAUAUUGCCGGGUGUUUGGGUGAAAUUAGGUCUGGAACUCAAGGGGUUAAAAGCACAAAGCAUUCACUAAAUAGGGAUCUUGCCUCAAGGUGGUGUAAGAGAGGUAUUAAGAUGUAAUGCUAAAGAAAGGGUUGACAAAUUAAUCUGUUACCAGACUCGUGUGACGUUUUGACCCUUUGAAUGAUAUUAGCUUCUAGUUUCUCCUUACAAUAUAAACUUUGAAUCACACAUCAUGAUUGCAGUUGGAAAGGAAAUGAUCAUCAGCUUUAGAAGCUCUUGAUUUUUAGAAAAUUUUCCUUUUCAGCACCUUAGGAAAUUAUGGAGAUCAGUGAGAAGAAUAUGCAUACUGAUGUUGGGGUGCAAAGGGUAAACUGCAUUAUAGAACACGGCUCAUUUGAGAG